AUGUUGAGAAGACAAGCACGUUUAAGACGUGAAUACAUAUAUAGAAAAACAAUUGAACAACGACAAAAAACAAUUGAAGAUAAAAAAAACCGUCUGAAACAGGCUAUUGAUGAAAAUAGAAAAAUACCAACAGAUCUUCGUGACGAUGCAUUAAAAUUACAACAACAAACUGAUUGGGAUGAUGCCGGUGGUGAAGGUAUUCUUUCAGCUGAAGAUGAUGAAUAUCGUUGGGCUGGUGUUGAAGAUCCGAAAGUUAUAAUAACAACAUCGCAUGAUCCAAGUUCAAAAUUAAAACAAUUUUCUAAAGAACUUAAUCGUUUAAUACCAAAUUCUCAACGUAUUAAUCGUGGUAAUUAUAAUACUCGACAAAUAGUUGAAGCUUGUCGUAGUAAUCAAGUAACUGAUUUAAUACUUGUUCAAGAAACAAGAGGUGUACCUGAUGUUAUUCAAAUAAGUCAUUUUCCUUAUGGACCAACAGCAUCAUUUUCAUUGAGUAAUGUUGUUAUGCGUCAUGAUGUACCUAAUGUUGGACCUAUGUCUGAACAAUAUCCACAUUUAAUAUUUUCAAAUAUGACAUCAAAAUUAGGACAAAGAACAAUGAAUAUACUUAAAUAUUUAUUUCCUGUACCAAAAGAAGAUAGUCAUAGAACAAUUACAUUUGUUAAUCAAGAUGAUUAUAUAUCCUUUCGUCAUCAUAUAUACAAAAAAAAUGAAGGUCAAAUUGAAUUAACUGAACUUGGUCCACGUUUUGAAAUGAAAUUAUAUCAAAUAAAAUUAGGUACAAUUGAUCAAUUAGAUGCAUGUGAUACCGAAUGGCAAUAUCGUCCAUAUAUGAAUACAACCAAAAAACGACAAUUUCUUACAAAUGAAAAUGAUAAAGAAUAA